CCCCCGGCCCGGGCCGCGGCCCUCCCGCCCCGGCGGAGCCGCGCGGUGGAUUGUGGGCUGGGGGCUGCGGCGGCCUCCGGCGCUGUCUCCCCGCACCCGACCGGGCCAAGCCGGCUGGGCCGGCAGGGUGAGGGAAAGCAGUGGAGCCGGGAGCAGAAGCACUAGAGGCAGUGGUCGUGGCGCGGCGGCGGCGGCUCCCCUGGAGGCCGGGGAUGUGGGAGAGGCGGCGGCAGCAGCGGCGGAGGCGGCGCUGCGGACCCGGGGGAGACUGCUGGCUGACAGGACACCCGGGAGAGACGUGAGGUAGCCGCCGCUGCCGCCUCUCACCCUCGAGUGGAGCUGGGCUCGAGAGGGCGGCCCUGUGCUCCCCGGGCCGACUGGCCAGCGGGCGCGGGGCGGGAAGCCGGGCUCGGGCCCGGCCGGGCGCCGGGCGGCGGCGGCCGUGGAGCAGCAGCCUCGGUGCGACGUGGAGGGCUGGAGGCGGCGGCGAUGCACUAGGCCUCGCUCAGGGCGGCUGCCCCGGGACCCGCAGAUCUUGGGGUACAGAGCAAGAUGGUGAACUAGAAGGCUCCACUGGAUGUCCCCCUCCACAGGAACACCAAAUUUAACAACUACACACAAAAAGCACUUUCAUAAGAAACAAAAAUCAGUUGAGUGGUGAUUUUAUGCAAUGGCUUCAAGCCACAGUUCUUCACCAGUGCCUCAAGGAAGCAGCAGUGAUGUUUUCUUUAAAAUAGAGGUAGAUUCGUCAAAACACAUUCGACCUGUACCGUCACUGCCAGAUGUGUGUCCCAAGGAACCCACAGGUGAUUCACAUAGUUUAUAUGUUGCCCCAUCUCUAGUUACAGAUCAACAUAGAUGGACUGUAUAUCAUUCCAAAGUAAAUCUCCCAGCAGCAUUAAAUGAUCCUAGAUUAGCAAAAAGAGAAUCUGACUUCUUCACAAAAACAUGGGGAUUGAACUUUGUGGAUACUGAAGUCAUACCUUCAUUCUACCUCCCACAGAUCAGCAAGGAACAUUUUACAGUAUAUCAACAGGAAAUCUCUCAGAGAGAGAAGAUUCAUGAGAGAUGCAAGAAUAUUUGUCCUCCUAAAGAUACCUUUGAAAGGACUCUUUUACAUACUCAUGAUAAAUCCAGGACAGAUCUGGAGCAAGUACCUAAGAUUUUUAUGAAACCAGAUUUUGCCUUGGAUGAUUCCUUAACUUUUAAUUCAGUUUUACCAUGGUCUCAUUUUAAUACUGCUGGUGGAAAAGGAAAUCGUGAUGCAGCUUCCUCAAAGUUGCUUCAAGAAAAGCUGAGCUAUUAUCUGGAUAUUGUGGAAGUAAACAUUGCUCACCAGAUCUCUCUACGUUCCGAAGCAUUUUUUCAUGCAAUGACCUCUCAACACGAGUUGCAGGACUACCUCAAGAAAACUUCCCAGGCUGUAAAAAUGCUUCGAGAUAAAAUUGCACAGAUUGAUAAAGUAAUGUGUGAAGGAUCACUCCACAUUUUAAGACUGGCACUUACCAGAAAUAAUUGUGUUAAAGUAUACAAUAAGCUGAAGUUAAUGGCCACUGUACACCAGACUCAGCCUACAGUACAGGUGUUACUAUCUACUUCUGAAUUUGUUGGAGCAUUGGACUUAAUAGCAACAACACAAGAGGUUCUACAGCAGGAACUUCAGGGCAUUCACAGUUUCCGGCAUUUGGGAUCACAGCUUUGUGAAUUAGAAAAACUGAUAGAUAAAAUGAUGAUUGCAGAAUUUUCUACUUAUUCUCACACUGACUUAAAUAGACCACUGGAAGAUGACUGUCAAGUUUUAGAAGAGGAAAGACUGGUAUCUCUUGUAUUUGGACUUUUAAAACAAAGAAAACUUAAUUUUUUAGAAAUCUAUGGUGAAAAAAUGAUUAUUACAGCAAAGAAUAUCAUUAAACAGUGUGUUAUUAAUAAAGUUUCACAAACAGAAGAAAUAGACACAGAUGUUGUUGUGAAGCUUGCAGAUCAGAUGAGAAUGUUGAAUUUUCCCCAGUGGUUUGAUCUGCUCAAGGAUAUUUUCUCUAAGUUUACAAUUUUCCUACAGAGAGUUAAGGCAACAUUAAAUAUCAUUCACAGUGUUGUUCUCUCAGUUCUUGACAAAAACCAAAGGACUAGAGAAUUGGAAGAGAUUUCACAACAGAAGAAUGCUGCAAAAGAUAAUUCACUGGACACAGAGGUGGCUUAUUUAAUCCAUGAAGGCAUGUUUAUAAGUGAUGCAUUCGGUGAGGGUGAGCUAACACCUAUAGCAGUUGACACUACCUCUCAAAGAAAUGCAUCUCCAAGUAGUGAGCCCUGCAGCAGUGAUUCUGUAUCCGAACCAGAAUGUACUACUGAUUCUUCAUCCAGCAAAGAGCACACAUCAUCAUCUGCUAUUCCAGGAGGUGUGGAUAUUAUGGUUAGUGAAGACAUGAAAUUAACUGACUCAGAGCUAGGAAAGCUGGCAAAUAAUAUCCAGGAAUUAUUAUAUAGUGCCUCAGAUAUAUGCCAUGAUCGAGCUGUCAAAUUUCUGAUGUCAAGAGCAAAGGAUGGUUUUCUUGAGAAGCUAAAUUCCAUGGAAUUCAUAACACUUUCUAGAUUAAUGGAAACAUUCAUUUUAGACACCGAACAGAUCUGUGGAAGAAAAAGCAUGUCGUUACUUGGAGCACUUCAGAGCCAAGCUAAUAAGUUUGUAAAUAGGUUUCAUGAAGAGAGAAAAACCAAGCUCAGCCUCCUCUUAGACAAUGAGCGCUGGAAGCAAGCAGAUGUUCCUGCAGAAUUUCAGGAUCUUGUUGAUUCUAUAUCAGAUGGGAAGAUUGCUUUACCUGAAAAAAAAUCAGGAACCACAGAAGAAAGGAAACCAGCUGAAGUUCUUAUUGUUGAGGGACAACAGUAUGCAGUUGUUGGAACCGUAUUGCUGUUAAUAAGAAUUAUCCUUGAAUAUUGCCAGUGUGUGGAUAACAUCCCAUCUGUUACUACUGACAUGCUUACUCGUCUGUCAGAUUUAUUGAAGUACUUCAAUUCAAGAAGUUGCCAGUUAGUUCUUGGAGCUGGUGCACUGCAAGUUGUUGGACUAAAAACGAUAACUACAAAAAAUUUGGCUCUUUCUUCACGAUGUUUGCAGUUAAUUGUGCACUACAUUCCUGUGAUCCGGGCUCAUUUUGAAGCUCGACUACCACCUAAGCAAUAUAGCAUGCUUAGGCAUUUUGAUCAUAUCACUAAGGACUACCAUGAUCACAUAGCUGAAAUAUCAGCUAAGCUUGUAGCGAUAAUGGAUAGCUUAUUUGACAAGCUGUUAUCUAAGUAUGAGGUGAAGGCUCCCGUUCCUUCUGCCUGUUUCAGGAAUAUUUGUAAGCAAAUGACAAAAAUGCACGAAGCUAUAUUUGAUCUCCUUCCAGAAGAACAAACACAGAUGUUAUUUUUAAGAAUUAAUGCAAGUUAUAAACUCCACUUGAAAAAGCAGUUAUCUCACUUAAAUGUGAUAAAUGAUGGAGGACCUCAAAAUGGGUUGGUCACAGCGGAUGUAGCUUUUUACACUGGAAAUCUUCAAGCCUUAAAAGGCCUUAAAGAUUUGGACCUAAAUAUGGCCGAAAUUUGGGAGCAGAAGAGGUGAUGUCAUACUGGAAAACUGGGUAGUUCAUCUGACCAUGGGAUGUGUUUGUUAUGAAGAAAAUCUGGAUGCCUGUGAUUCGAGAAUUGAACCUGAAACCCAAAGUGAACUGGGGUGGGGGAAGGGAAAAAGGAAAGUAUCAGUGUUGGGAAACUGGAUUCAGUGGGAUCUACAAGGAAUGUCAUUUUUGUGCAUCCUACAGUGAGGAGUAACUGAUCAGGUGUCUAUAACAUUUUUCAUUCUCUCUGGAAACAGACUCAGGUUUCUUUGGACCAAAUCCAAAAGAACACAUAGCUGUAACACAGCUGUAGUUGACUAGAAUGCUCUGUAUACUUUAUAUUAAAAAAUGCUUUGCAUUUCUUCCAGUGCAAUGAAAUUCAUAUGGUGUCCCACCUUAUUUAAUGAUGGUACAAUUUAAAAUCUUAAAAUCUUAGUCAACCUCUGUAGAAAGUUUUCUCUAUGAAAGUAAAGCUGUUUGAAAAAUUAUUUUUUUACAGAUCUUUCUAUGAAAAAUAAACAUCUUUUGAUUGCUUGGAUUUAGGAAUUCAAUUUUUGUUUCAGUGACCAAUGUCAAGUUGCAGGCUUUGUGUGUUGCAUAUUUAAUAUUUCUACUACCACCGUAUGUCAACUGGGUAAAGCCUUCCAGAGCUGUCUAAAUAUCUGAAAGAAAAGACUUAAGUCUUUUUUUAAGUAAUACUUAAAAAAAAAAAGAUACAUAUUUAUGCAACUACUUUUCAGAAAUGGUAUAUAAAAGGCUACAGUUUAAUAUCUGUAUUUUUAUAAAAGUAUGAAGGGUUUGGGGUGUUUUUAUUUGUAGCAGAGGUAAGAAUAUGUAUUCAUAUAAUCUGCCUACUUUUGAGUUCUCAUUUUAACAUUUACAUAACAUAAUGAAGUAUGGCCCCCUUGGAUCCUUGUUUUUAAGUUACUUUUGAUGUGUAUAUGAACAAAGACCAGGGAGAAACAGAACUUUUAAAAAUAUCGGCUGCUGUGUUGGGGCCAGAAAUAAGGUGACAAGUAAAGACUUUUAUAAUACCUACCUUCAAAAUGAGAAUCAGCAGCACUCUACAGAUGAAAGUGCCUGUGCCUCACCUCACACCAAGAAUCUUGCCUAACCCUGUCAGAGUGCCUAAUAUCCUGUGGUGAUUAUGUACAAUGAAACAGUCUUAUUUUGUGCUCUUUGGUUUCUUAAAAGGAAACCUUGUUUUCUUUCCUUUAUCAUUACAGAGGUAUGUCAUUGGUUCUUAAACUAUCUGUCUAAAAUAAAGC